AUGAAUAGUGGUACUCUCCCGGGCCCAGUAAACACUACGACCGCAAUAGCCGCCACUACCACCACCUCUCAAUCAGUUGCGACUGCAAUAGCCACCACCAUCUGUCCAGUGAUGGCGAUGGUUACUACUACUGCGAUUGCAAUAUCCACUACCACAGAUCGAGCGCGUGCGCUAGCAGCGUGCGAUUUAUGCAAUCGACUGAAAAAGAAAUGUGACAAAAAUGAUGAUGAGCCAUGCAUAGAAUGUAAAAAAAGAAGUACACAUUGCACUUUUAACAGACCCAAGAACGAAAGAAAAAGUGGCUCUCCUCGAAGAUCCAGAAAAUCUUUAACAAAAACGAGAAAAAGUAAGUAUAAUCAAAACACUCAACAAAAACAUAUCCCUUACACCGUCUUACGG